AUGAUACUUGCCAGAUCUUAUAGCAGAGAUCAACUAGUAUAUAUUUGUAGAUGUUUAGGUAUUAAACCUCAUAAAAGCCCAAAAUAUGUUUUGGCACAAGAGAUUGUCAGUCAUUGCUUCCCAACUGCAACGGAAAAUCAGUCUUUUGAAUCUGUAUCAUUAACAAAGGUGCCUACAAUGACUACAAAGGUGACUACAAAGAUGACCACAAAGAAAGCAACGCUAAAGAAGCCAUCAAUUAAGGCAAAGGCAUAUUCAUUUGGAGCUCCAACCACUACCAUUGCCUCACCUCCAACCUUUGCGAUGACUCAAGAGUAUGUCGAUCGCAAACAAUCAUCAUGGCCAGCAUCAACAUCAACAACAGUAACAGCAUCAGUAGUGGGACCAACAGCAACUAACACUUAUACACCAAAUCCAGCACCACCAACUACAUGGACAACAUCAGGUGCCACCACUAUAUCAAUGGACAAAGCAAUCAAGUCAAAGAGCAUGAUUGGUAUCAAGAGAUGGAUUCAUCAUAACAAUGAGAUUAUUUAUUAUCUUGGAUUGGAUUCAAAGAUUACCUCUGAGAAGAUCGCAGCAUUCGAUAUGGAUGACACUCUCAUCUCGACUUUAUCCGGAAAGAAAUUCCCGACCUCAAAGUCGGAUUGGAAAUUUUGGGAUGAGACUGUACCAGAUAAACUAAGAUCGCUACACUCUAAUGGAUAUCAAGUUGUCAUUAUCACCAAUCAAGGUGCCAUUGGGAACAAUCCCUUGAAAUUCAUAGAGAUCACUACAAAGAUUCAGGAUAUCUGUAAUAACAUUGGUAUUCCAACUGUUGCCAUCGCCGCAACCACCGCCGACGGUCUACUUCGUAAACCGAAUCCCUUCAUGUGGGACUUUUUAGUAUCACAACUAUGCAGUGCCAAUAUCACAAUCAACAAAGAGCAAUCGUUCUAUGUUGGAGAUGCUGCAGGUCGUCCGGUCAACUGGAAACCCGGAAAGAAAGCGGAUUUCGCCAGUUCCGACAAAGGUUUCGCAAUGGCCGCGGGAAUCAAGUUCCUCACACCCGAAGAGUUUUUCUUGGGUGAAGCACCAGUCAGCGAUAGCAUAAUGAAAAACUCGAAAUUCUCCAUCCCGGUCGCACCCACUUCCGGACCACUGCUGGCCGGUGCGGACCAAACAAUUGCCGUGACUGGCAUCCAGGAGAUGGCUCUGAUGGUUGGUUGGCCAGCCAGUGGUAAGAGUACAUUCAGUAAAAACAACUUUGUAACCGCCGGUUACGCAUGGGUCAAUCGUGACACCCUCAAGACUCCUCAAAUGUGUCUGGCAUUUGCCGAGCAGCAGCUAAAGGCUGGCAAGUCGGUGGUGAUCGACAAUACCAACCCAAACAAAGAAGCUCGUAGGCCAUAUAUUGAACUCGCCAGAAAGUAUGGUAUUCAAGUGCGAUGCUUCAUGAUGAAGACCGACCGUGAAACAUCGUAUCACAACAACUAUCACCGUGAGAGAACUCAAGGUGUCAAACAUAUUCCCUCGAUCGGAUACGCAAUGUACAACAAACAAUUUGAAGCUCCAGAGCUUUUGGAAGGUUUCAAAGAAAUCAAAUUGGUAAACUUUAUCCUAAAGUUGGAAGAGAAAGAUGUUGCAUCCUAUUCCAUUCCAGCACCAAAAUAA